GGCGGCGGCAGCAAUGGAGGGGUCUCCCGUGGCGGGGGGGACGCUGGACGCGGCGGCGCUGGAGCUGCUGGAAGCGCUGGAGACACUGCAGCAGAGGCGUCACCUCCUCACCCAGCUCCUGCGGCAGGGGUGGCUGUCCCUCUCCCAGGCCCGUUACUCCCUCGGGUGCCACCGCGUCUCGUCCCUACAGUACGGGGCCACCAUGGUCCCCCGCGUCCGCGUCCUCCCCAGGCAGGACCCGGGGGGGCCCCCCCACUUCCAGGAGGUGCCGGGUACGGGGGGGGACCCCGAGGACCCCCAGCAGGGGGGGGGCGAUGGGCUGCGGCAGCGUCGGGGUCCCCCAGAAAAAGGGGGUGCCCCCCCCCGGGCCCCCCCCGACCCCUUGGCCUGGUUUGGGGUGCUGGUGCCCCCCAGCCUGCGGCAGGCCCAGGGCAGCUUCAUCCAGGGGGUGACGGUGGCGGUGGAGCUGGCGGAGCUGCAGGGUGCCGUGACGGCGGCUGCCACCCGCUACCGCGCCCUCCUGCGCCGCAAACGUCACCUGGACGGGGACAUCGGGACCGCGGGGGACACGGGGACCUCAGGGGACACCGAGACCCUUGGGGACACGGGGACACUUGGGGACACCGAGACCACGGGUGACACGGGGACCUCAGGUGACACCAAGACCUUUGGGGACACCAACACCACAGGUGACACGGGGACCUCAGGUGACACCGAGGCCCUUGGGGACACCGAGAUCACGGGUGACAUGGGGACCUCAGGUGACACAGAGACCCUUGGGGACACAGGGACACUUGGGGACACCCAGACUUCGGGUGACAUGGGGACCUCAGGUGACACUGAGACCCUUGGGGACACGGGGACACUUGGGGACACCGAGACCACAGGUGACAUGGGGACCUCAGGUGACACUGAGACCCUUGGGGACACGGGGACACUUGGGGACACCGAGACCACAGGUGACAUGGGGACCUCAGGUGACACUGAGACCCUUGGGGACACAGGGACACUUGGGGACACCGAGACCCCCUAUGACACCGACACCACAGGUGACACCGAGACCCCGUGUGACACCGAGGACCACGGGGACACCAAGACCACAUGUGACACGGACACCGCAGGUGACACCGCGACCACAGGGGACACGGUGACAAGUGGGGACACGGGGACCGCGUGACACGGACAGCGCCGGGGACACGUCCGCAGGUGACGAGGAGCCCCACGGGUGACACGAGGACACCUCCGGUGACACGAGGACACCACGAGGACACCACCGGUGACACAGCGCCCGCCCGCAGGUGACAGUGACGUCACCGUCCCCGUGACAGUGGCCGCGGCCACCGGCCCGUGUCCCCCCCCCAAUAAAGACGUGGUGGCCGUUG